CAGCUCCAUAAAAUCCUCCAUCAGCAGUAGUUUGUUCGUUGCUUGUUUUCAGACUAGUGGCCGAGACGUUCACACAGCAAUGUUUCCCCGUCCUUAAUUUGAACUAAAUGUGGCUUUCGAAGUGAUUUAUAGCUGGUAUUUAGAGUCCCUUGACUUAUGACCACAAUAGUAGAGGGAUGGGUGUGUCCUUGGCUUUCUUGGCAAAAUACGCCGGAAGGGAGGAGGGCCUGUCUGUCGGUGUAUCUGUCGGUCUGACGUCGAGGUGCCAGAGACAGACGGUGCCGCCGUGUGCUUGGUGAUGGCAGCGAACUAGCUAACUAGGAAGGACGACUAUACCUUUAAGUGAAAGAAAGCAAACAAGAAAACAAUCGGCAAUAUCGCUGGGACGCUUAGCUAGUUUACCGGGACUCACAGGGACUUCGAUAUGAUAUUAGUCAAACUAAUUCUCAUGUUCUGCUGCCUACGAGACGUUACAGGUCAGUUUCGGAACCCCUUGAACAAAUAUAUUCGCCAUUAUGAGGGUUUAUCAUACGACACAGAGGCCCUGCACAGCAGCCACCAGAGAGCCAAGAGGGCACUCUCUCCUCAAGACAGGACUGUGCAGCUGGACUUCCAUGCACAUGGAAGACAUUUUAACUUGCGGAUGAAGAGGGAUACAUCUCUGUUUUCUCCAGAUCUCAUCAUUGAGGUGUCAGGGGAGGAGACACCCAUCGAUACAUCACAUAUUUACAGUGGAGACAUCUUUGGUGAAAAGGGCACACUGACCCACGGCUCUGUGGUUGAUGGACGCUUUGAGGGCUUCAUUAAAACCCACCAAGGGACAUACUAUGUUGAGCCCUCGGAGAGGUACCUUAAGGACAAGGAUGUGCCCUUCCACUCCAUCAUCUAUCACGAAGACGAUAUCAAUUAUCCUCAUAAGUAUGGCUCAGAGGGCGGCUGCGCUGACCACUCAGUGUUUGACAGGAUGAGGAAGUACCAGACAUCUGGAGUGGAAGAGGAGCCCGUCAAAGGGGUGAGCAGUGCGUUGGAAGAGGAGAGCUCCUACGGUCCUGUUAUACUGAGGAAAAAGAGGGCAGCGGCUAAGGAGAAAAAUACGUGUCAACUCUUCAUCCAGACCGACCACCUCUUCUUCAAAUACUAUGGUACAAGAGAGGCUGUCAUUGCACAGAUCUCCAGCCACGUGAAGGCCAUUGACUCCAUUUACCAGGGCACAGACUUCCUGGGCAUCAGAAACAUCAGCUUCAUGGUUAAAAGGAUCAGGAUAAAUACCACCAGUGAUGAAACUGUAAAAAACAACCCUUUCCGCUUUUCCAACAUCGGAGUGGAGAAGUUUUUGGAGCUCAACUCUGAACAAAACCACGACGAUUACUGCCUCGCCUAUGUCUUCACUGAUCGAGACUUUGAUGAUGGGGUUCUUGGUUUGGCUUGGGUUGGUGCUCCUUCAGGAAGCUCAGGCGGGAUCUGUGAAAAGAGCAAACUCUACUCUGAUGGGAAGAGGAAGUCCCUGAACACUGGCAUUAUCACUGUGCAGAAUUACGCCUCCCAUGUCCCUCCCAAAGUGUCACACAUCACCUUUGCUCAUGAGGUCGGGCACAACUUUGGCUCCCCUCAUGAUUCCGGGACCGAAUGCACCCCUGGAGAGUCUAAGUUGCAAGAGAAGAAGGAGCAGGGCAACUAUAUCAUGUACGCCAGAGCCACAUCAGGGGACAAGCUCAACAAUAACAAGUUCUCCCUCUGCAGCAUCCGCAACAUAAGUGCUGUUCUGUUGAAAAAGAGAGAUGAUUGUUUUGUCGAGUCCGGCCAGCCUAUCUGUGGUAAUGGACUUGUGGAAACUGGAGAGGAGUGUGACUGCGGCUACAGUGAUCAGUGUAAAGACCCCUGCUGCUACAGUGCCAAUGAAGGAGAGGGCAAGAAGUGUAAACUCCAACCUGGCAAAAUCUGCAGUCCCAGCCAAGGACCAUGUUGCACAAAAGAGUGUACUUUCAAAGGCGCAGAUGACCGAUGCAGACCGGAGUCCGAGUGUGCCCUAGAGGGCAAGUGCAAUGGAGCCACUGCUCUUUGUCCCACCUCAGAACCAAAGGCAAACUUCACCUCCUGCCAUUCAGAAACACAAGUCUGCCUCAGUGGGGUAUGCUCCGGUUCUAUUUGUGAGAAGUAUGGUCUGGAGGUGUGCACCUGUGCCAGCAAAGAUGGCAAAGAUGGCACGGACGAGGCAGCAGAGCUGUGCCACGUGUGCUGCAUGGAGAAAAUGAACCCCAACACCUGCAGCAGCUCUGGCUCCGACAAAUGGGCCAAAUUUUUCAACAAGACGGUCACGACGCUGCAACCCGGCUCACCCUGCAACGACUUUAAGGGUUAUUGUGACGUCUUUAUGAGGUGUCGUCUGGUGGACGCCGACGGGCCUCUGGCGAGACUUAAGAAAGCCAUCUUCAAUGCAGAGCUCUACGAAAACAUUGCCGAGUGGAUAGUGGCUCACUGGUGGGCAGUGCUGUUGAUGGGCAUCGCUCUCAUUAUGCUAAUGGCCGGCUUCAUCAAAAUCUGCAGCGUCCACACCCCCAGCAGCAAUCCCAAACUCCCCCCACCAAAGCCACUGCCAGGUACAAUGAAAAGGAGAAGACCACAGCACCAAAGCCAGCAGUUACAGGCCCAGCGCCACCACCGUCAGCACAGAGAGGACUAUCAAAUGGGACAGAUGAGACGCUGAGACACUGGGCUGCUCUGCACCUUGGCUCUUCCUAGUGCCUACAAUAGGAGCACUUCUCUCCAAAGAGUUACCUUUACCAACUAUUGCAAAAUUCAAAGAACUUGAAACUGGAUCGAUUUCACUGGACAAAAAGCCUGAGGGGUUUUUUUUCUUUCCUGGGCCUAACAAACUCACUUGGCACCUCUGCUCUGAGAGCCAGAUUAGCAGUGGUUCACACAGCUUUAUAGGAAACGAAUAACUUUUCAGAAGAGGGACAGGAGGAGAAAUUCACUGAUCUCUGUUAUGUGGUCUUAAUCUUUGAAUGCUUUUUUUUUUUUUUUACCAGACUGGAGGAGAGAGAAGCAGCUGUGUGUUAGAGUUGGCUUCCUCUGUCCUCCAUCAAUGCUACCUUUUUCUUUCAUAUUCUUCCUCUCUGAAGUGCUGCCAUCUUCAGCAUGAAAGCAGGACUGCAGGUGACAUGGGGUUUUUCUUGCCAAUCACAAACAACAUUGAGGAGCUGAGUUGGAGGGAAAACAUAUUUUUUGCCAAUUUAAUUAGGUUGUUUUAAGUCAAAAGCACCAUCAACAGUUGAAGCUCUUAAUUUCUAAAGCAUACAUGUUUUCUGUCAGCGUGCAAUUGUACAGAUUUCACAGUAAGGGGUUUUUUUUUCAGUGUUUCAAAUGGAAUUGAUUUUCUGUUUGACAAAUUACUAUUCACGUUUUUAAUUCACUUUCUCAGGAUUAAUAAAACAACAGAAAACAAGUGUUUUGAGUGGAAAAGAUAGCUGCAUGUGUAUUUCAGGGUGAAGUCCCUCCUGGCUGAAGCCUGAACAGGAGAGUUCACAUUAGCCGUAUGAAAAGAAUGUAUAUAAAUAAGACUAUAGUAUCAGAUGUGGGGCUGUGGAGAAGAGGUUGCUUAUCUGGAUAUGUGUGUUUCUCUGUGUGACGUGGUUUUGCAGCUGCGUUUACACAGAGGCUGCGGCUGUAAUGAGCGAUGAGAGAGUAGCUUAAUUGUCAACCUGAUUGUAUCACACUUAUUCUGUUAUGGCUGACUUGUUGCUUUGGCACUGAUUUGUGACACAUGACACGUGUACGUCUUUUACAUUCAGAAAUAAUAGUGAAAUCACAUAGAAGAAUGUGUUUAAUGUGGACAAAGAAGACUUUAUGAGAAGUUAUGAUAGAAAAGAAGCGUCCUGGUGUGAUUGUCCUGCGCAUAUUUUCGUCUGUGUUCUGUCCUCUUUUUUUUUUGUAUUUCACACACUGGCAGUUGUUUAAGUAAUCUGUUAAAACCACUUAAAGGCAGUUAUUUCCUCUGGGCCUCCACAGCCACAUGAAUGUUUCUGGUUGAAAUGUGAUUGUGGAAUUUAGCUUUUAUUGAUUUUACUUGCAGUUCAGAUUAUUUGUAUAUUGUUGUAGAAUUUAAUCAGUCGAGGGAAAACUAUAGCUUCUAAUUUUAUUGUUGCUUUGUUGCUGUUUACAGACAUUUACCAGAGUGAACAAUCACUGUGUCAGCCACCUGCCGCUGUUCUGUCCUGUCCUUUCUUUUUGUAAUGAUCAGGAGUUUGUCAAGGAACUUUGUCACCCUCAUUACACCCUCUUGAUUUCUUUAAUUGCAUCGAAAAUGUGCCUACUCAGAGCAGUGUGAAUGAAGUUGAUGAGCUUGUGUCAGUGAUCUGUACUAAGACUGAAAAAAACGCAUGAGGUGGUAGUUUAACCAAACACUGUUAUCAGACUGGACCACUGAACCUGAAAGCUUUGUACUGGAAAUGGUGUGGUAUAGGGCUUGGCAAUGUCUGAUAAAUACGGGAAACAUAAGUGAUGAUUGAUAUACAACUAUAUAGACCAAUGUGUGACCAUUUAAAUAUAAUCAGCUUGUUUGAAAGUUUAUUAUUAGCAUUUACUUUGUGUAAUAUUAUAUUAUCACCCAGAGAUAAUUCGGCUUACCUUGAGUUUAAAUUUAGGUCAACUUCGCUGACAGACGGAUGAGAGUGCAGACUGCUCAGAGCUGAGUUACUGGCAAAAUAUAAAAAAUAUAUAUAUAUAUUUAUAGUUUCUUACAAUUCUUUUAGGAGAGAACACCUUGGUGGAGAAAAGACGGACUAUUUUUUUCUUACCCUUGCAGAAGAGCUGCAACAUGCACAGCCGCAGCUCAGUGUUGUUUUGAGGAUAUUGUGUUAUCCAUCGGAUUGAUUCUAUGCAGUGUAUCACAGAGCUCAAAAUCAAGCCUCGUCACAGAGAAAUGCCUUCAAUGUUUCCUCCUGUAAAGGUACAUGGAAAAUUCUCCUGUGUUCGCUCAUGUCGAUGUGGUACAGCAACAUUUCUGAACAGAAAACAAUGCAAUCCUCUGUGGCUUCUUCUACUGAUUUUCUUUGUGGGGUUUUUUUUUUUUUUCGGUGCUACUGGUAGUGCUUGGGUCGGAGCCAAACGUAUAUUUUUCAUUAGCUUUGGCAAGUUUUAAAGCUUUGUGUGUGUGUGUAUGAGAGAGCGCAAGAGAAAGAGAGAGAGCUGCUUUGCUGAAUCAUUCUUGUAUCUUUUUGUUUGUAUGGUAAGAAGUGGGGUGUUUGGGGUUAAUGAUACUCUCUGGGAGGGUUUCUUUCUUUCUUUCUUUCUUUUUUUCUUUCACAUGUGUUGCUAUGAUGUUGAGCAAAUGUGCACUGAAGUGUAAUUGAUGUAAACAAAGAAUCCAAAAUGGCAUAGAUUCAAAACUACUGUCUGAUUUUAAUGUGUCCUGUGUUUUAUACAGUGUCUUCAAUGGUCUGUUUUUUUUUUUUGUUUGUUUGUUUACCUUUUUUGUGUUCUGUUUUCUGUUCUGCUUACUUAAAAUCUGACUAAAUUUGCAAAGGUAUUGUGCAGAAGUAUAAUUUCUUUUGAACUACUUGAAAUGCAUUAAUAAACCAGAAUUGAUCAAA